GAGCGAUAUCAGCGCCAAUCAGCGCUGAUGACUACUGUAAAUUGCUGUGAACUGUAAUGUUUCGUUAAAGUGUAUGAAAUUGUUUAUUGUUUCGUGCUUUUUCUCUUACAAAAACAAUAACAAAUAUACGAUUUCUAUUUACUGAAUUUUAUGUACUAUGAACCGACCGGAUGAUCCGCCGGGGCUCAUGAAAGGCAGAAAACCAUCUUUUAUUGGAAUGAACGGAGUUCCUGAGACAGACGAACAGCAGCGUUUACGGUUCCAGGUUGAGUUGGAAUUUGUACAAUGCCUUGCUAAUCCAAAUUAUUUAAAUUUUUUAGCGCAACGUGGCUAUUUCAAAGACUCAACAUUUAUCAAUUAUCUCAAAUACUUGUUGUAUUGGAAGGAACCAGAGUAUGCAAAAUAUUUGAAGUAUCCUAUGUGCUUGUAUUUCCUGGAUUUAUUGCAGUACGAGCAUUUUAGAAGGGAAGUCGUUAAUGCUCAAUGUACAAAAUUCAUCGACGAUCAGCAAAUUCUUUUGUGGCAGCAUUAUACUCGACGACGUACCAGACUUCUACAAACAGCUACUGAGCAAACGCAACAUGUCAAUACUCAAAAUAACGGUAUUGCGCAACCUAAGGUUCCUUGAACUCAUAGUUUUAAUAAUGUUCAGCUGACGCGUUUACAGAAAAUUUAAUAUGAAAUUUACAUUUUAUAUCUACAUUUGAUUUUUCCAAUAUGGUAAGGCUUCUUGCAAGAACUAAUUUUGUUGCUUGACUGUGAUAAAUCGUGAAUUUUCUCAUGUUUUUAUAUGUCGUUGAAUGAUAUCUUUUUUUUCUCACUUAAAUAGUACUCAAUAUUCGCAUAUAAUAUUCAUCAUUUGCGUCAAAAAAAGUUUAUUUUUUUUUAAUGUUCAGUCUUAUUACAAUUUAUAUAUCUAUAUGUAGAUUUAACACUUUUCGAAAUAUAGUAUAACACAAUUAUUCAUAUA